UCUCUCUUCUUUCUCUACAUACACAUACACAUACACACAGAGCUUUUGAAAAAAAUAGCGGACGCUGGAGCAGUUAGAUGGCGGCCGGGAGAUCAUCAAGUAUGCCGUCACGACUCCGGCAGCUUUUAUCCGGCGAAGGUUCUAUUGGUCCUUCUAUUAGACUCGACGCUGAGCCUCCACCUGAAAUCAAAUCAUUCAUUGACAAAGUAAUCCAGAGUCCAUUGUCAGAUAUUGCUAUACCUCUCUCCGGUUUUCGGUGGGAGUACAGUAAGGGGAACUUUCAUCACUGGAGACCGUUGUUUCUACAUUUUGAUAAAUACUUCAAGACAUAUUUAUCAAAUAGGAAUGACCUUCUCUUGUCCGAUAAUAUUCUUGAGGAUGAGAAUCCCUUUCCGAAGCACACAGUACUUCAAAUACUUAGGGCAAUGCAGAUCAUUCUGGAAAAUUCUCCCAACAAAAGUUCAUUUGAUGGUUUAGAGCACUUUAAACUCCUACUUGCUUCUACGGAUCCAGAGGUUCUCAUUGCAGCUUUGGAAACUCUUUCUGCGCUUGUGAAAAUCAGCCCAUCUAAGCUCCACAGGAGUGGAAAAUUGAUUGGAUGUGGUUCAGUAAACAGCUUCCUACUCUCUAUUGCCCAGGGUUGGGGUAGCAAAGAGGAAGGAUUGGGUUUGUAUUCUUGUGUUGUCGCUAACGAAAAAAACCAGGAAGAAGGUCUGAGUUUAUUUCCUUUGGACGUGGAAAAUAAUCAGAGUGAAGCAGAUUUUCGGAUUGGUUCUACUGUUUAUUUUGAGUUGCGUGGACACAGUGCCCAGAGAAUAGAUGAUGGUAGAAGUGCUAGUGCUUGUUCAAGGGUGAUACAAAUUCCUGAUUUACACAUGAGGAAAGAGGAUGAUCUAGUGUUAAUGAAGCAGUGUAUAGAGCUUCACAAUGUUCCUACGGAGCUCAGAUUCUCUUUACUGACCCGAAUUAGAUAUGCUCAUGCUUUUCGUUCUUCCAGAAUAUGCCGGUUAUAUAGCAGGAUCUGCCUACUUGCAUUUAUUGUUCUUGUUCAGUCAAGUGAUGCUCAAGACGAACUUGCGUCCUUCUUUGCAAAUGAACCUGAGUAUACAAAUGAAUUAAUCAGAAUUGUCAGAUCUGAAGAACCAAUCCCUGGAACCAUUAGAACUCUUGCAAUGCUUGCAUUGGGAGCGCAAUUGGCUGUAUACUCGGCCUCUCAUGAUCGGGCCAGGAUUCUAAGCGGAUCUAGCAUCAGUUUUGCUGUUGGCAACAGAAUGAUUCUGCUUAACGUGCUUCAGAAAGCUGUGCUAUCUUUGAAGAUCUCAAGUGAUCCAUCAUCUAUUGCUUUUGUAGAGGCUCUACUCCAGUUUUAUUUGCUUCACAUUGUUUCAUCAUCGUCGUCUGGAAGCACUAUAAGGGGGUCAGGAAUGGUUCCCACGUUUCUCCCUCUCUUGGAGUAUGCUGAUCCAAGCCACAUGCAUCUUGUAUAUUUGGCUGUUAAAGCACUACAAAAGCUCAUGGAUUAUAGUAGUUCAGCUGUACCUCUACUCCGGGAUCUUGGGGGAGUAGAGCUUUUGUCUCAGAGGUUAGAGGUAGAGGUACAUCACAUUCUAGGGUUGCCUGUAGAGAACAUCAGUGAUAUGGUAGUUGGUGAAUCCUUAAAAAUAAAUGGUGAUCAUUUGUUAUCCCGAAAGAGACUCAUCAAGGUUCUUCUGAAGUCUCUAGGUUCUGCGACGUAUACCCCUGGAAAUGCUAAUAGGUCUCAAAGUUCUCAUGAGAGUACUUUGCCUGCCACUUUGUCUUUAAUAUACAGGAAUGCAGAUAAAUUUGGUGGUGAUAUUUAUUACUCAGCUGUCACAGUGAUGAGUGAUAUAAUCCACAAAGACCCCACGUCUCUUACUUCCCUGUUUGAAAUGGGCCUCCCUGAAGCAUUUUUGUCUUCUGUUGUAUCAGGAAUACUUCCUUCGUCAAAGGCUCUUGCUUGCAUUCCAAAUGGAUUGGGUGCAAUAUGUCUCAAUAGCAAAGGAUUGGAGACAGUAAAAAAUACUUUGGCAUUGCGCUUCCUUGUCGAUGUGUUUACCAGCAAGAAGUAUGUUUUAGCUAUGAAUGAGGCCAUUGUUCCGUUUACAAAUGCUGUGGAAGAGCUUUUGCGUCAUGUUACGUCGCUAAGAGCCACUGGUGUUGAAAUCAUUAUUGAAAUUGUGGAUAAAAUUGCAUGCUUUGGAGAGACUGGUUCUUCAUCAUCAUCUGUAGAUCUGACUGAAAGUACUGCAAUGGAAAUGGAUUCAGAUGUAAAGGAAACUUCUGGUGUCAGUCAUGAGCAGUUCAUUCAACUCUGCAUCUUUCAUCUGAUAAUUCUGCUCCAUAGAACAAUGGAGAAUUCUGAGACAUCUCGUCUCUUUGUGGAGAAGUCUGGCAUCGAGGCUUUACUUAAGCUUCUUUUACGGCCUAGCAUUGCUCAAUCCUCUGAAGGGAUUUCUAUUGCCUUGCAUAGCACCAUUGUUUUCAAGGGUUUUACGCAACAUCACUCUUCUUCUCUUGCUCGUGCCUUUUGCUCUUCUCUUCGCGAUCAAUUGAGGAAAGCUUUAGAAGGGCUGCAAGAUCUUUCAGGGACGUUCUUACUGGAUCGAAAACUUUCUCCAAGUUCAGGAAUUUUUUCCUCUCUUUUCCUUGUGGAGUUUCUUUUGUUUCUAGCUGCAUCAAAGGAUAACCGUUGGGUAAGUGCAUUGCUUUUGGAGUUUGCAAAUGGAAGCAAGGAUGUUCUGGAAAAUAUUGGACACUUGCACCGUGAAAUUCUGUGGCAAAUAGCUUUUCAUGAGGGUGCCACACUUGAAAGUCAAAACGAAAAGGCUAGUUCGUCUCCCGAGUCAGAGAAAGCUGAGUUGGGUAUAACUGCAACAGAAGGCCAAAGGUUCAAUUCUUUUAGACAGUUCCUUGAUCCAUCAUUUCGGAGGAGGACAGCAGGAUGGAGUGCAGAAUCUCAAUUCUUUGAUUUAAUAAAUCUUUAUCGUGAUCUUGGGCGUGCAUCAACUGGUUUUCAACCAAGACCUAUAACUGAUGGUCCCUCUAGUUCAUCAGACGUUACUGGCAAAAGAGAACAUGAAAAAGAUGGAUCCUAUUAUACAUCUUGCUGUGACAUGGUGAGGUCACUAUCCUUCCACAUCACUUACAUAUUCCAAGAGUUAGGGAAGGCAAUGCUGCUCCCAUCUCGUAGGAGAGAAGAUACAAUCAAUGUUUCUCCGUCAUCUAAGUUAGUUGCCUCAACGUUUGCUUCAAUCUCCCUGGAUCACUUAAAUUUUGGAGGCCAUGAGAUUCUUCCUGAGGCAUCGGUGUCAACUAAAUGUCGCUACCUUGGCAAAGUUGUUGACUUUAUCGAUGCUAUCCUUCUUGACAGGCCUGAUUCGUGUAAUCCUGUUCUGAUUAAUUGCUUUUACAGCCGGGGGGUGAUUCAGGCGGUUUUGACAACAUUUGAUGCUACUAGCCAGCUUUUAUUCACUAUUAAUAGGAACCGCUCAUCUCCGAUGGAGACUGAUGAUGUUAAGGGAAAGCAAGAUGAAAAAGAAGAUUCUGAUCAUGCUUGGAUAUAUGGUCCGCUGGCUAGCUAUGGCAAACUCAUGGACCAUUUGGUCACAUCAUCAUUUAUCUUGUCACCAUUCACAAAGCACUUGCUUGUUCAACCCGUAGAAAGUGGAAAUAUUCCAUUUCCACAAGAUGCUGAGACAUUUGUGAAGAUUCUCCAGUCCAUUGUGUUGAAAGCUGUACUUCCUGUUUGGAGUCAUCCACAAUUUACCAAAUGUAGUUAUGAUUACGUUACUACACUCAUUUCCAUCAUCAAGCAUGUGUACUCUGGAGUUGAACUGAAAAACCUAGGUGGUAGUGGUAGUGCUCGUGUCACAGGUCCACCUCCUAAUGAAACAACCAUUUCGACAAUUGUGGAGAUGGGUUUCUCCAGAUCCAGAGCAGUAGAAGCCUUGAGACAGGUUGGAUCAGACAGCGUUGAGUUGGCAAUGGAGUGGCUGUUUUCCCACCCGGAAGAAGUCCCAGAGGAUGAUGAUGAUGAGCUUGCUCGUGCUCUUGCCAUGUCCCUUGGUAAUUCUGAAUCUGAUACAAAGCAGAAUGUUGCAGAUGAAACUCAACAACAAAUUGAAGCAGAAUUGGUCUCACUGCCACCUGUUGAAGAGCUUAUAACAACAUGUACGAAGCUUUUGCAGAUGAAAGAACCCCUUGCUUUUCCUGUUAGAGACUUACUUGUAUUGAUAUGCUCAGAAAACAAUGGGGAACACCGAUCUGGUGUUAUUUCUUGCCUUCUUAGCCGGAUUAAGGAUUGCUGUCCUGUUUUCGAUGACACAAACAACAAUCUGCUCUCUGCUCUGUUGCAUGUUCUUGCUUUGAUUCUACAUGAAGAUGCAGGUUCACGUGAAGUUGCGCUGAAGGCUGGUAUAGUAAGACUUGUAUGCGAUGUACUUUCAAAGUGGGAUUCUGGUAAUAUUGAUAAGGAAAAAGUCAAAGUUCCAAAGUGGGUGACUACAGGAUUUCUUGCCAUUGAUAGGCUGCUACAGGUGGACCAGAAAUUAAAUACUGAGCUUAUAGAGGAGUUGAAAAAGGGUGAGGAGUUGAAAAAGGGUGAGACAUCUCUUACCAUUGAUGAGAGCAAGCAAGAGAAGCUGCAAUCUGUUUUUGGCUCCCCACAGCUUGUUGAUGUUAACGAUCAGAAGAAACUGAUUGAGAUUGCUUGUACCUGUAUCCGGAAUCAGCUUCCUUCUGAAACAAUGCAUGCUGUUCUACAGCUUUGUUCUACAUUGACGAGGAAACAUUCUGUUGCUGUCUGCUUUCUUGAUUUUGGAGGUGUGCAAGCACUACUUUCUCUACCGAGUAAUAGUCUCUUUCCAGGGUUUGACAGUGUUGCUGCUAGUAUUAUCCGCCACGUCCUUGAAGACCCCCAAACGCUUCAGCAAGCCAUGGAAUCUGAGAUAAAGCAUGCACUCGCAACACUUUCUAACAGGCACUCAAAUCCAAGAAUAUCUCCACGCAACUUUUUAUUGAAUGUGAAUUCAGUAAUUGCUCGGGAUCCAGUCACUUUUAUCCAGGCCGCUCGUUCAAUAUGCCAAGUAGAGAUGGUUGGUGAAAGACCUUACAUCGUAUUAGUGAAAGAAAAAGAGAAAUCAAAAGAGAAAGAGAAGGAUAAAGACAAAGCUGAGAAAGAAAAAUCGCAGACCUCUAAUGAUGAGAAAGUGGCAACUACCCCAGCCCCUGGGAGCACCAAGGCACCUAAAGUUCACCGAAAACCACCCCAGUCCUUCAUUUGUGUUGUUGAGCUACUUCUGGAUUCUAUUUGUACUUUCAUUCCUCCUCCAAAAGGCGACAUGGUUGAAGGUGAUUCAACUUUAGAGGACAUGGAUAUUGAUCUUGCCUCUACAAAAGGGAAAGGCAAAGCUGUUGCUGCUACACCUGAAGAAAAGGAAGCUAAUUCACAGGAUAUGUCAGCUUCACUGGCUAAAAUGGUUUUCAUUCUGAAGCUUUUGAGCGAGAUGCUGUUAAUGUAUUCAUCGUCAAUCCAUAUAAUACUUCGAAGAGAUGCUGAAAUUAACAGUCUCAGAGGUCCCCAGCAGAAAAGUGGUCAAGUUGGUGGAAUAUUUCAUCAUAUUCUUCACAAGUUUAUUCCCUACUCAAGGGUGAAAAAGGAAAAGAAAUCAGAUAGUGAUUGGCGGCAAAAGCUAGCAAGUAGAGGUAAUCAAUUUUUAGUGGGUGCAUCUGUUCGAUCAUCUGAAGCUAGGAAGAGGAUAUUUUCAGACAUUGGCAGUAUCUUCAAUGACUUCAUAGAUACGUGCAAUGGGUUUAGACCUCCAGUUAAUGAAAUUCAAAUUUUAAUUGAUCUGUUGAGUGAUAUGCUCUCAGCUCGGUCACCUACUGGAUCACAUAUAUCUUCAGAAGCUUCUGCUACUUUUGUUGAUGUUGGAUUGGUCAAGUCUCUUACUCGUACUCUUGAAGUGUUGGACUUCGACAAUGUAGAAUCUCCCAAAGCUGUAACAGGAAUCAUAAAAGUCUUGGAGUUGGUGACAAAGGAGCAUGUCCAUUCUGCUGAUUCAAACUCGAAGGAUGAUAAUGCGAACAAGUCAUCUGAUCAAAUGCAAUCAGGAAGAGGAGAUACCAUUGUUGUUGCUUCUCAGGCAGUGGAAAGGAUGCUUGGGUCCAAUCUUGAUUCCAUGACAGCUGAUCAUGUGGAAAAUUUUGGUGUUUCCAACACCUAUGUUGGUUCGGAGGCUCUGACAGAUGACAUGGAACAUGAUCAAGACUUGGAUGAAGGUUUUGCCCCAGCGGAGGAUGAUUAUAUGCAAGAUGCAGCUGAGGAUGCCAGGGGGCUAGAAAAUGGGGUUGGGUCGUUGGGUAUAGAAUUUGAGAUGCACACCCACUCGCAGGAAAAUCUUGAUGAAGAGGAAGACGAGGAGAUGUCUGGCGAUGAGGGGGACGAAAUAGAUGAAGAUGAAAACGAUAAUGAAGAAGAAGAUGAGGAGGAUAAUGACUUGGAAGAAGAUGAUGUACAUCACCUACCUCAUCAUGACACUGACCAAGAUGACCAAGAUGAUCAUGAGCUUGAUGAUGAUGAAUUUGAAGAAGAAGUACUGGUUGAAGAAGAUGAAGAGGACGACGAUGAUGAAGAUCGGGUAAUUCUUAGGUUUGAAGAUGGAAUCAAUGGGCUAAACGUUCUUGAUCACUUAGAGGUUCUUAGAGAUCAUAGAUUUUCUGAUGAAACACUUCAUGUGAUGCCUGUUGAAGUCUUUGGCUCGAGACGCCAAGGACGAACAACUUCUAUUUACAGCCUUCUCGGCAGAACUAGUGAUGGGGCUACUCCUUCACAGCAUCCUCUUUUAUCGGGAUCUGCAUCACUUCCAGCGUCGCAAAGUCAGACAGAGAACAUGCGUGAUCUUGCUGAUGGAGGUAGGGAUUCCCACAGUAGUUCUUCAUCACGGCUAGAUGCUAUAUUCCGAUCCUUGAGGAAUGGGCGACAGGGGCAUCGUUUGAAUUUGUGGGCUGAUGACAGUCAGCAAAUUGUUGGAUCUGGUGCGUCUACUGUACCGCAAGGUCUUGAAGAUUUGCUUGUAUCUCAGUUGAGACGACCCAGCUCUGAUAAGCCUCCUGAUCAGAAUUCUUCACGUUUGGAACACCAAUCUCAAGCUGAGAGUGGGCGGUCCGAGGAAGCAACAAUCGGACCUGAAAUUCCAGCUGAAAAUGCCAUCGAUAAUGGAGGUGCCAAUGUGUCUGCCCCGUCUGUCGUUUCACUAGAUGCAUCUACUCAGCCCGAUACGCAAGCCACUGCUAAUGAAUCUGUCUCAAGCCCACAGUCUCAGUCAGUCGAAAUGCAAUAUGAUCAAAAUGAUUCAACUAUCCGGGAUGUUGAAGCUGUGAGCCAAGAAAGCGGCGGAAGUGGGGCAACCUUAGGGGAAAGCCUUAGGAGUUUGGAUGUUGAAAUCGGAAGUGCUGAUGGUCAUGAUGAUGGUGCCGAAAGGCAUGAGAUACAGCCAGCUAUGCGCUCAAGAAGGGCAAAUUUGUCUCUUGUGCCAUCUUCAGCUGGACGAGAAGCUUCUCUUUACAGUGUUACUGAGGUUUCUGAGAAUUCUGGCCAAGAUGCUGAGCAGGAUAAUCCUCCAGCAGAGCAACCAGUAAACAGGGAUGUUAGUUCUGGUUCUAUUGAUCCUGCAUUUUUGGAUGCCCUACCAGAGGAACUGCGAGCUGAAGUCCUUUCAGCUCAGCAAGGACAAGUGCCACAACCUUCUACCAAUGAACAGCAAAAUUCAGGAGAUAUUGAUCCUGAGUUUCUUGCUGCACUUCCUCAUGAUAUCCGAGCUGAAGUUCUGGCACAGCAACAAGCACAAAGGCUUCAUCAGUCUCAGGAGCUUGAAGGUCAACCUGUGGAGAUGGACACAGUUUCAAUAAUUGCGACAUUUCCUUCUGAGUUGCGAGAAGAGGUUUUGUUAACGUCAUCUGAUGCUAUUCUUGCAAAUCUUACACCUGCACUGGUCGCGGAAGCAAACAUGUUGCGUGAAAGGUUUGCUCAUCGAUACCACAACCGCACACUUUUUGGUAUGCAUCCAAGACUUCGUAGAGGGGAGCCAUCCAGGCGAGGUGAAGGUGUCUUGUCUGGAAAUGAGGGGGUUGCUUCUCGUAGGUCUGCUGGAAAGGUUAUUGAAACCGAUGGAACUCCUCUAGUUAACACUGAGGCACUCCAAGCAAUGAUCCGCGUUCUUCGCAUAGUCCAGCCUCUAUACAAGGGUCCUCUGCAGAGGCUUUUGCUGAAUUUAUGUUCUCAUGGCGAAACAAGGUUUUCCUUAGUUAAUACAUUCAUGGAUAUGUUGAUGCUUGAUACAAGGAAGCCUGUUAACUACUCAAGUGUUUCCGAACCACCUUAUCGUCUUUAUGCAUGUCAAAGCAAUGUAACAUAUUCACGUCCUCAGCACUUUGAUGGGGUUCCUCCUCUAGUGUCUCGACGUGUUCUUGAGACGUUGACAUAUUUGGCUCGAAAUCAUAUGUACGUAGCCAAGAUUCUGCUUCAAUCCAGGCUUUCACUGCCUUCCUUGCGAGGUUCGACACCCUCAGACAAGGCACAUGGAAAAGCUGUUGUAGUAAGUGAUGAUUACAUAGGCAGUAAGCAGCACGAACCCGAAUCUAUAGCCUUCGCUUUGCUUCUCAGCCUCCUGAACCAGCCCCUUUAUUUGAGAAGUGUGGCUCAUCUUGAACAGCUGUUGAACUUACUGGAGGUCAUCAUUGACAACGCUGAAAGAAAGUCUGAUUCAGCUGACAGAUCAGAUGGGUCUGCCAGUCAGCAACAAUCAACACCUCAAGGUUUAGAAGUUGAAAACAAUUCAGAAAAUCAUGAUAUUAUAUCUGGCUCUACUGGUACAAUAACCAAGCCAAUAGAUUCAUCUGCAAGUUCUUCCACCAGAGCAGAUAGUGAAUGUGAUGUUCAGAGUGUGUUACUGAAUCUUCCCCAGUCAGAGCUGUGUCUACUUUGUUCAUUACUUGCACGUGAAGGUUUGUCGGAUAACGCAUACACCCUUGUGGCGGAGGUGCUGAAAAAACUUGUGGCAAUUGCUCCAAGUCAUUGUCAUUUGUUUAUAACUGAGCUGGCAAAUGCAAUACAAAACUUGACAAGAACAGCGAUGAGUGAACUUCACAUGUUCGGUGAAGCAGUGAAAGCUCUGCUAAGUACCACUUCGUCCGAUGGAUCUGCAAUUUUGAGGGUUUUGCAAGCAUUAAGCUCCCUCAUGGGUUCGUUAAUCACAAAAGGGAAAAACCAGCCGCAGAAUUCAGAAGAACAUGUUGCUGUGCUUUCUCAACUGUCGAACAUCAAUUCAGCUUUGGAACCUCUGUGGCUUGAGUUAAGCAAUUGCAUAUGCAAAAUUGAGGGGCACUCUGAGUCUGCGACUAUUACUAUAUCUCCGUCUUUGAGCUCAACGACAAGGGUAGCUGGAGUAAACCAGUCACUGCCUGCUGGUGCCCAGAACAUCUUGCCUUAUAUAGAGUCAUUUUUUGUUACGUCUGAGAAGUUGCAUCCAUCACAGUCUGGUUCAGGACAUGAUUUUGGGUUUCCCAUGGCUUCUGAAGUUGAGGAACAGCCAAAGGGUUCAGGACCUAGCUCGAAGGUGGAUGAGAAGUAUGCUUCUUUUAUCCGGUUUUCUGAAAGGCACAGGAAACUUCUUAAUGCUUUUAUCCGACAAAAUCCUGCUCUGCUUGAGAAGUCCUUUUCACUCAUGCUGAAGGUUCCACGUUUUAUUGAAUUUGAUAAUAAACGUGCAUACUUCAGAUCAAAGAUAAAGCACCAGCAUGAUCAUCACCAUAGCCCUCUGCGAAUCUCUGUGAGAAGAGCAUACAUUCUUGAAGAUUCAUAUAACCAAUUGCGAAUGAGGUCAACUCAAGAACUGAAAGGUAGAUUGACUGUUCACUUCCAAGGAGAGGAAGGUAUUGAUGCGGGUGGGCUCACCAGGGAAUGGUAUCAGCUGCUGUCAAGGGUUAUUUUUGACAAAGGUGCUCUUCUGUUCACAACCGUUGGCAAUGACUCAACCUUCCAACCAAAUCCAAACUCUGUUUACCAGACAGAACACCUCUCCUACUUCAAAUUUGUUGGCCGUGUUGUUGGAAAAGCUCUGUUUGAUGGGCAACUCCUUGAUGUCCAUUUCACUCGUUCGUUUUACAAGCAUAUCUUGGGAGUUAAGGUUACAUACCAUGAUAUUGAAGCCAUAGACCCCGAUUACUAUAAAAACCUGAAAUGGAUGUUGGAGCAUGAUAUUAGUGAUGUCCUAGAUCUCACUUUUAGCAUUGACGCUGAUGAGGAAAAACUGAUACUCUAUGAAAAAACGGAGGUAACUGACCAUGAACUAAUCCCUGGAGGUCGGAACAUUAAAGUUACUGAGGAGAAUAAGCAUCAAUAUGUUGACCUAGUUGCUGAGCAUCGAUUAACCACAGCCAUCCGCCCUCAGAUUAAUGCAUUCCUGGAAGGGUUUAGUGAACUUAUCCUUAGAGAUCUAAUAUCCAUUUUCAACGACAAGGAAUUGGAGUUAUUAAUCAGUGGUCUUCCGGAUAUCGACUUGGAUGACCUGAGGGUGAAUACGGAAUAUUCUGGGUACAGUCCUGGAUCCCCCGUUAUCCAGUGGUUCUGGGAGGUUGUUCAGGGAUUGAGCAAAGAAGACAAAGCCCGUCUAUUGCAGUUUGUGACUGGAACCUCGAAGGUUCCUCUGGAAGGAUUUAGUGCCCUUCAAGGAAUUUCAGGCGCACAGAAGUUUCAAAUCCACAAGGCAUAUGGAAGCGUUAAUCACUUGCCGUCUGCUCAUACCUGUUUCAAUCAGUUAGAUCUACCAGAGUACCCGUCUAAGGAACAUCUGCAGGAGAGGCUACUCCUCGCGAUCCAUGAAGCCAGCGAAGGAUUCGGCUUUGGUUAAUACAAAGAGUUCCCCCAGAUUUUUCGACUACUUUUUCUUGCCUUUUUUUUUUUUUGUUUUGUUUAUUUUAUAUCUUUUGGUAAUGACUAUGUGAAUGAGUAGUAUUUUCUGCAAUACAAUGCUCUUUUAUAUUAUGGGCAUAAGAACGAUUCUCCAACCCCUUAUUGUGACUAUUUCUCACUCUCUCUUGUAAAGUUUACUCUUCCUUUCCAAAGAGUAAUUCUUUAAUAUCCCA